AUGAUCCCAAACUACCGCCAUCAUGGCGUGCGAGUGCCCUCUGGCACCACGCAGACUGCAGCUCGCCUGGUGCUACGGGCGCGUGUGUCAGCCCUCCCGUGGGGUACACGCCUGGUAGAGGGCAUCCGGGCCCAGACGCGGCAGAUCACGAUGCUGUCGCUGCGCCUGCUGCUCCGGCAUCUGACCACCAUGGUCCAGGGCCUGGUGGUGUUCCUGCGGCACCUGAGGCAGCCCGGGGCCAAGGGCCCACACGCCCCGAACCCCACCCCAGCCCAGCAGCGCAGCGACGACGAGGAGGAUGGCGCGACCUCGGGCCCGGCGGUGCCCACCGCUCUGCCGCCCCUCAACCCGUCGGUGGUGUCCGAGCAGCUGCGGCCGCUGCACGCUACGCUGAUCGACGCCGCCAAGCCGCUGGACGCCAAGUGGCGGGACCUGCAGGGUCUGGCCUCCGGCGCGGCAGACUCCCUGUUCCGGCUGGCGCGGCACACCGCCGCCGUCACCGCCGACCUGGAGGGAAAGGGCCUGGCAGGGGCGCCGCAGGCGCAGCAGUGGGCCCUGGACGCCGCCAGCGACAUGGCGCAGAAGGAGCGUCAGCUCUACGACCAGGUCUUCGCCCAGGUGCUCGGCGAGCUGGAGCGGCGGGACAGCGCGCGUGGCGCGCGGCGCUGGGGCAUGCUGGCCGAAGGAUGA